ACUCAACAUUACUCCUCCAAAUUGGAUCCUCUCUUCCCUUUCCUCAAUUAGCCACAUAUCAAACUUACUUCAUCUUUAAACGCGUUAUCCUUACAACCAUGUCGCCUACAAACAUCUUUGCAAUUUUGGCAAUCAUGAUGAGCAGUGUCGUCUCCAUUGCCUUAGCUUCUGAUCCCGACGCACUUCAAGACCUUUGUGUAGCUUUUCCCUCCUCGGGUGUGAAGGUGAAUGGAUAUGCAUGCAAGGAGGAGGCAAAUGUAACAGCAGAUGAUUUUUUCUAUGGUGGGCUACCCAACCCUGGAGUUAUCAACGAUACAAUGGGAUCAGUAGUGACUGCAGCCAACGUGGAAAAGAUUCCCGGGCUUAACACAUUGGGCCUGUCUCUUUCAAGGAUAGACUUGAAAGCUGGUGGGCUAAACCCACCUCACACACAUCCACGUGCAACUGAGAUUGUGUUCGUGUUAGAAGGAGAAGUUGACGUGGGUUUUGUGAGCACAGGCAACAAACUCAUCUCGAAAACCUUGAAGGAAGGUGAGAUAUUUGUGUUCCCAAAAGGUUUGGUGCACUUUCAGAAGAACAAGGGGGAAAAUCCUGCUGCUGUUAUUUCUGCGUUUGAUAGCCAACUCCCUGGCACCUUCUCUGUUGCUGCGGUUUUGUUUAGUUCCACACCAACUGUUCCUGAUGAUGUGCUUGUUAGGAAGUUAGUUGAAAAGAAGAGCUAA